AUGGGUAUUAGAAAUUAUAAAUCACCAGAAGAAUUAUAUGAUGAAGGAUUGCAAAAAGAAAAAGAUUGUAAACAAGAUGAAGCUUUUUAUUACUUUAAAGAAUCCAUGGAUUUAGGUCUUGUUCCA